GGGAAUUCCACUGGCUUGGAUUAGUCUAGUUUUGACAGUUGGAAGAGCAGCUUACACAUAUUCGUCAUGUCUUUCAAGUCUUUGUUGGUGCUAAGCUUCAUUUGCCUCGCAGCUGUAUCUGCACGCUCAAUACGUGAAGCCGACACUACUGGAGAAGUACCAUCGAUUCUGAACUUAUUUGAUACCAUAAACGAGAAUUUCAAGAAAUUCGGAGAUUCAAUUGCAAAAUCAUUCGAUUCUCAAAAGUUUGAAGAGACUGGACGGGAUGUAGCUAAACAAUUAGAUGAAUGGGGUGCGAAUAUUAAGAAAGAGGCCGAAGCCUUGAAAGACAAUGAAAAUGUCAAAAGCUUGCUGGAAUCUGUAGACAAAGCAGUGGAAGAAGCCAAACAAUCGCCCAACUUAAAGGCUGUUAUUGAAAAAUAUAACACAAGUGCAGCUCCAUUCUUAUCUAAAAUUGAAAAAAUAAAGGAAUCUGAGGAACCAAAGUUUCAAGAACUUUCCAAGAAAAUUUUCGAUACAACCACCACCACAUUACAAGACAUCGCUAAGAUUUUCCAACAAGAAAUUAAACAAUAAAUUGUAGUCUACACUAAUCUGCAUAAUAUAUUUAUAUGAUACAUUUCCAAAGAGACUGAUGUACAUAAACAUUUUGUUGGAUCCAUUUCCAAACCGCAUUCUA